AUGCCUACUGUUCCCACAUCCCUUACCGAAGCCGAUCUGAACUGGUUCUACCGUCUUGAGCUAAGGACGGUAGACUCCUUUGACGAAUUAAAGCAGAUUUUCCUCAAUCACUUCAUGAUCCAGACAGAUCGCUUGUACUCUGCCGAUGAUCUGUACAUGAUUCGGCAAAGAGAAGACGAACCCCUACGGGAGUAUGCUGCGCGCUUCAGUCACAAUACUCAAGGUGUCCAGAAACGGACGAUAGGGCAGCCUACGACGCCUUCAAGAGUGGCCUUCGGUCCUCUCAUUUCCGGUAUCUCGUGCACAGUAGUAACUGGCGCACAUAUGACGAGUUGA